UAUCUCAUUUCAUUUUGCGUUACCGGCAAAUAACUAUUAAACUGGCUUCGUAAUACGCGUUUAUUACUUGGCCGGAUUUCUUUAUUACGGUAGAUGCUACUGUAAGGACUUGGCACGAAAAAGGACAAUCCCAACAUGCAACAUUCAGUAAUGGAAGAGGGAACGGCCUAUGAGCCACCUACCUAUGAUGAGACAUUCCCAGUUCUUCCUGAGUCAGCCAGUUCAAGUUCAGGAAGAUUAAAUAUUUUCUCUAUAAAUAAUAACUUACAACUUGGACGUAUAACUAUUACACAGAUGUUUCGUGUACCUGGAGAAGAACGCAAAUUUGAUCAUAGUGACAAAUUUGGAGAACGUGAAUCCAUACGUACAUGUAAAACAAUAAUGAAAGAGACAAAUACAAUCAUUGAAAUAGCAACAUCAAAAGAUCAAUCUUUAACAUUCCUAAUAACUGGUAAACAAAAUCAAGUAUUGGAAGCCAAACGUCGAAUUUUAACAACAUUUCAGACUCAGGCAAGUAAACAAAUUAGCAUUCCUAAGGACCAUCAUCGUUGGAUUCUUGGAAAACAAGGACAACGUUUAAAAGAUCUAGAAAAAACGACUGCAACGAAAAUAAAUGUUCCAUCUGUGCAAGAUCAGUCAGAUACAAUUACUAUUACAGGGACUAAAGAAGGCAUAGAGAAAGCUGAGCAUGAAAUUAGAGUAAUUUCAGAUGAACAAUCAAGAAAAGCAUUUGAAAGAAUAUCUGUGCCAAAAAUAUAUCAUCCGUUUAUACAUGGUGCACAUAAUGAUAAUCUCAAUGCCAUGAUGGCAGAAACUGGUGCUCGAAUUAAUAUUCCACCUGCUUCUGUGCAAGAAGAUGAAAUUACCAUUGCUGGUGAAAAAGAAGGUGUUUUAGCAGCAAAACAAAAAAUCGAAGCCAUUUAUAAAGAUAUGGAAAAGCGAUGUACAACGGUAUCAGUUGAAGUUCCAAAAUCUCAACACAAAUAUGUUAUUGGUCCACGUGGCAGUACAAUAGCAGAAAUAUUACAAGUAACUGGUGUGAGUGUAGAAAUGCCAGCACCAGAUUCUCCUACAGGUACUAUUACUCUUCGUGGACCUCAGGAAAAGCUUGGUCAAGCAUUGAACAAAGUGUACGAAAAAGCGAAUAGUGUUCGUACGGCCGUGGUAAAAGCACCAGUUUGGAUUCAUAAGUAUAUAAUAGGAAGGAAAGGAGUUAAUAUUAAAAGAAUCACGCAAGAAAUGCCAAAAGUGAAUGUAGAGUUUACUGGGAAAGAAGAUAAAAUCAAAAUUGAAGGUCCUCCUGAAGAAGUAGAAAAGGCACAAAAUGAACUUCAAUUAAUGGCUAGUGAUCUUAUAUCUAAGCUCACUUUUACAGAAUUAAAUGUUGAUCCUAGAUUUUAUAAACAUAUUAUUGGAAAGAAUGGAUGCAAUGUGAAUCGUGUAAAAGAAGGAACAGGUGUUGUAAUUAAUAUUUCUGAGAAUGAUGGUAGUAACGUGAUUCGCAUUGAAGGGAAUCUUGCUGGUGUGCUCAAAGCUCAAACGGAAUUAGUGGAAAUGGUGAAAAAAUUGGAAAAUGAAAAAGAGAAAGAUGUGAUAAUAGAUCAUCGUUAUUAUCCUAGUAUUAUUGGAAAUAAGGGAGAUAACAUUAAAGAAAUAAGAGAUAAGUUCAAUCAAGUACAGAUUACUAUUCCUGGUCCAGGUGAAAAAGGAGAUAUAGUAAAAAUUAGGGGACCCAAAGAAGAUGUAGAUAAGUGCCAUAAGUAUUUAAUGAAAUUAGUGAAAGAAUUGAAUGAAAAUAAUUAUGUCUUAGAAGUACCUAUAUUCAAACAAUUUCAUAAGUUUGUUAUUGGAAAAGGCGGAGUCAACAUUCGUAAAAUUAGAGAAGAAACACAAACUAAAAUUGAUUUACCUGCCGAAGGCGAGAAAAGUGAUGUUAUAACUAUCACCGGCAAAAAAGAGAAUGUAGAAAAAGCUAGAGAUAUGAUUCAAAAAAUACAAAAUGAAUUGGCCAAUAUUAUUACGGAUGAAAUAGUAAUCCCACCGAAGUUCUAUAAUUCUCUCAUUGGCACUGGUGGAAAGUUAAUUCAUUCUAUCAUGGAAGAUUGUGGCGGCGUUGCAAUUAAAUUUCCUACAGCAGAGAGUCGAAGUGAUAAGGUAACUAUUAGAGGGCCUAAAGAAGAUGUUGAGAAGGCGAAACAACAAUUACUUGAACUUACAAAUGAAAAGCAAUUGUCGAGUUAUUCAGCUGAAGUACGUGCCAAAGUACAACAUCACAAAUUCCUUAUUGGAAAAAAUGGUGCCAAUAUUAAAAAGAUAAGAGAGUCCACAGGGGCACGUAUUAUAUUCCCAACAGAAGAAGAUCAAGAUAAAGAAGUAAUUACAAUUAUGGGAAAGAAGGAAGCUGUCGAGAAAGCUAAAGCUGAAUUAGAAGCAACAAUUAGUGAAAUAGAUAAUAUUACUGAAGGUGAAAUUCGCAUUAGUCCAAGGCAUCAUAGACAUUUUGUUGCUCGGAGAGGAGGUGUAUUACAUCGUAUUGCAGACGAAUGCGGUGGUGUACAAAUCUCUUUUCCAAGAGCUGGUGUUGAUAGUGAUCGUGUAAUUUUAAAAGGAUCACAUGAAUGUAUAGAAGCAGCAAAGCAACGCAUGCGUGAAAUUGUUCUAGAUUUGGAAUCAAUGGUAAUAGAAGAAUGCAUAAUACCGCAAAAGCAUCAUCGUACAGUGAUGGGAGCAAAGGGACGUAAAGUGCAAAUGAUUACAUCCGAGUAUGACGUACAAAUUAAAUUCCCUGAUCGGGAUACAUAUGAUGAGCAGCGUGUAAUAGAACAAAUGAAUGGUGAGAAUGGAGAAGUCGAAACUGUUCCAGCGUGUGAUAUUAUUCGCAUUACUGGACAACCAGAGAAUGUAGCUGCUGCUAAACAAGCGCUGCUUGAUCUUGUACCAAUUACAAUAGAAGUGGAAGUGCCAUUUGAUCUCCAUCGUUCUAUAAUAGGCCAAAAAGGUCGUGAUGUGCGAGAACUAAUGACCACAUAUGAUGUUCAUAUCAUGUUGUCUCCAGCGGAGGAAAAACUUGAUUAUAUUAAGAUUUCCGGAACACCAUCGUGUGUUGAAAAUGCAAAACAAGCUAUUUUGGACAAGUGUAAAGCUUUGGAAGCUGAACGUCAAGAUAGAGCUUUAAAAUCGUUCGAGUUAAAGAUCGAAGUUGACCCAGAAUAUCAUCCGAAGAUAAUUGGACGAAAAGGAGCCGUGAUUAAUAAAAUACGUAGUGAUCAUGAUGUUCAAAUUAAUUUUCCACGCAAGGGUGAUUCAGAAGAGCAUGUUAUUACAAUUACUGGUUAUGAAAAAAAUGCGUGCACCGCAAGAGAUGAUAUCAUGAAAAUUGUUAAUGAAUUAAACGGCUUAACAAAAGAAGGAGUACAUAUAGAUGCUGCUGUGCAUUCUCGUUUAAUUGGUUCGAAGGGAAGAAAUAUUCGUAAAAUAAUGGACGAGUUCAAAGUUGAUAUUAAAUUUCCAAGAAAAACUGAUCCUGAUCCGAAUAUUGUAACAAUUGUGGGUACAGAAGAGAAUGUAGCUGAUGCAAAGGAUCGUUUGUUAAAUUUGGAAGAAGAAUAUAUUCAAGAUGUUAUUGAAAAUGAACAUCGCGAAAACUUGCGUUCACCUCAACGUGAUGAAAGAAAUUCUGGAAAUUCUGGAUUUGUAGUAAAAGGAGGACCUUGGGAACAGCAACAACAAAGUGCUCCAAAUACAGCUAGCGUUGAAGAAUUUCCACAAUUUGCAGGAUAUUCUCACGUACCUGUAACUAAUCCUGAUGGUCCUUGGGGUGCGAAACGUUAAUACUUAAAUACGUAUAAGAUAACAAUAUAUAACUUUCCUCUGACAAACCAUACAGAAGGGUACAUACAUUAGUGCUAGGUGGUUCCCUGUUCCAUUACUGAUGUUGCUGCAUACGACCUGGCCACUCUAUUGGACUCUGAUACUGGUUUACUACAUAACGUUUGACGAUGGUGUUUAUAUUUACAGUUCAUAUACUAAUUAUCUAUGUAUCUGUAACUGUAACGCAUGAUUUUAAGUUGAUUGCCAUGUUAGAAAUAUUCACACAUACAGUCAGACGCAAAUUGCGCGUGAUUUCAUUCGUCAAAGGAACAUCUAAUUUCUUCAUUAUUUUUAUUUCUGCUGAUAUGCCUUUCAGGUACAGAUAUGUUGUACUUAAGACUGUGGCUUCGUAGGAACUAAUUUUUGUGUAUAUUAUAUAUUUCUCAGAUUGUCUCUAUCCGUAUAGAUUGCGUGGUUAAAUAUGUUUGCGUUUAACCAAGCAUGUUUUGUUAAUUUAUUUAUAUUUUUUGUACAUAUAAAUUGCAUUUUUUUUUGUUAUGUUGGACUUAAGUGGAAUCACAUCACAAUGAUAUUAGAGUCUCUGUGCAAAUUUUUUGUGAAACAUGAAGCUUUAAGGUCUUUCUAAGGAAAACGUUCCUAGGUAUAAUUUCCUGCUUUUUUAUAGCUAGUAUAAUUAAUAAAAUCGCUUUAUACUCUUCAAAUUUCAGUGUGCUAUAAAGCGAACAAAUCUGCCAAUAUAUAAAUGAUCAUGUAUAUUAUUAAAUGCUGGAUUUAAGAAAAGCAGAAGUGUUAGUGAUUAUUAUUGUGUAUUGGGGGAACAAUCUUUAGAAGGACUUGUUAUUUUUUUACUGCUUUGCAGUGCAGUUAAAAAUGAAACAUGAAAUCAUUGGCGCUAUAUUAAAAAAAAUAAUCAUGGAUAUCUAUAAUGCAAACGAUACAUCAUAUUCUUUGAAUAGCUGAUUUUAUUUAUUAUUUCUAUUUUACUGUUUGCUGUAUGAUGUGCAAAUUUUUGCAUUCUACUAUUUAUGAGGCCAACUAGCUAAGAAAAAAAUAUUCGGUUCAAGUGCCUUGUCUAUUUUCUUCAAGACAGCUCAUUUCAAUUGUUGGAGGAAUGUGAAUAUUAGAUUAUACAUAAUUAUAUAUAUAAAUAUACAUAUAUACACAUAUAUAUGUAUACAUUAUAUAAAUAUUGAUAAUAAUUACAUUAUUAUAUAUAAUCGAUAUAAUAGCUAUUGUACUACAGGUACAAUAAUAUACUACUAUCACACAUAAAAUAAUAGAUACUAUCAUGUAUACAGAAAUUCAUCUAUAUUUUUUAGAUUUACAGUAAUUUUUAUAAAACUACUUGGUACGACGACUUAUAUGUCAUCUCUAAUGCAUGGUUUAUACAAAAAUGCCAGAAUUAGCAAUUUUAAUAUGCUUAGUUUUGGCUAAAAAUUUGAUAGAUGCUGUGCAUGAAUGUACCUUUUUUAAUGAAUUAUAAAUACAAAGUAAUUGUAAUUAUAAAAUAAUAUUCUCUGUACACAUUAUGUCAUAAUACAUGAAUUGUACUGUAAUAAUAUAUAUAUAUAUAAUUAA